UAAAACAGGCAGACAGAGUCACUGAAACCCAGAGCUCAGAUCUCAGCCAGCCGCUGCAGUCGCUCCUUUAUUAUAACGGCUCGAGAUGGGCCUUCAGCAUGGAGAAGGAAAUUGACUUUUAUAAGCAUUUUACUUGGCUUAAAAAGGUUAACCUCCAGUGCUCAAGCAACAAUGAGACCUAUCAAGAGCGGCUGGCGAGAUUAGAAGGGGACAAAGAGUCUCUGGUUCUCCAGGUGAGUGUUCUCACUGACCAGGUUGAAGCUCAAGGAGAAAAGAUCAGAGAUCUGGAAAGUUCCCUGGAAGAACAUCAUCACAAACUCAUUUCUACUGAGGAAAUGCUCCAGCAGGAGCUCGUCAGCCGAACCUCACUGGAGACGCAGAAACUGGAACUCAUGGAUGAAGUUUCCUAUCUGAAACUCAAGCUAGUCGGCAUGGAGGAGGAACACAACCAUAUGGACGAACAGCAGAAACAUCAUAAAGCCGAGAGUGUGGUUAAUCUAAUUAGUGAACUACAGGAGCAGAUGUGUAAAUUCCAGGAGGAAAUCAGCAAUCGCAUUCAGGAGCAGAGGGCCCUGGAGAGCCUGGGGGACAAUGGCACACGCGAGGCUCUCGACCAGAGCCCCGAUGUGGGCCUUGGUGCAUCGGAUGCUGAGGAAUGCAGCUGCCGCUGUAGAAGCGGAGGAGAGAAUGCUUUGCUACAAGAGCUACGCCUUCUUAAGAGCAAAGUUGAAGAACUGGAGGGGGAGAAAUCACAAUAUGAGAGGAAGCUCAAAGCCACUAAGACAGAGAUUGCCAAACUCCAGCAGCUGCUUGUUACAAAGGAUGCUGAAAUCGAGUGUCUACAGAACCAGCUUCUGUCCCGAGGAACCAUCAGCAAUGACAUCACAGAGAGAGAGGAGGUGUAUAAGAGAAAACUGAAAGACAAACAUCAAGAGCUGCAGAGGUUAAAAACUGGAAUGGAGACACUAAUAGCUGCCAAUAAUCAAAAGGAUCGACACAUAGAGGAACUCAAUCUUCUGUUGGGCCAGUACAGAAAAUUGAAGGACGGCUUGGCCCUUUCUCAAGUGGCCAAUGAUACGUUGCUGUCUGGCAGCAGUGAAGAGGAUCUUAGUGGCAAUCGAAAAAUAAGAACCCUGACGCAUAAAGCAUACUCUGACAUUGUCAGAUCAGAGCUACAGAUGUCUUCCCGAGGCCCUUCGCCACUCCUUGUCUCUCCUCCAUGUUUACAGAGGGAACUGGACUCCAGCUGUCGCAGUAUACAGCCCUCCAUGGAGACCUCGAUGGUAUCCAUUGGCGACUUGGGCUUUUACAGCAGACAAUGGUCAAUGCCACGGAUGCUGUCCACCAGCUUGGAAGAACUCCAGAGCGGAAGCUUACCGAUGCAUGUAGUGGGCCAACCAGUAGAGGCUGUUUUAGAGAACCGAUAUAAUCCUGAAAAUAACAAAUUCCAGACGCUUCCGGGCAAGUUUAGCCGUCCAGAGCAGAACGGAGUGAGACUGCAGCAGUCUUCCCCUCUGCAGCUGUCACCUGAUGAAAGUGAAGACAGCGAAUUCAACCUGAGGCCGCGGAGAAAGCAUGAUCAGUUUGCGCUCGGAAAGGCGGAGAAGACGGAUGACUCGACCCUGUCUGACCUCUCGCCGAUAUCGUCUGGAGUAGAAUCAGGUCAGCAGUCUCCCGUUUCACCAGAGCACAAGAAGAACCAGAAAGGCAUUCGAAAACUGUGGGGAAAGAUCAGGAGAACACAGUCAGGCAGUCUUCCUGCAGACAGUUCUGAUUCUGACUUCAAGCGAGGGGGCUUCAGGGCCACGGCCGGCCCUCGACUCGCCUCUGCGCGUGACACGAACGCCCCCUUCUCGAAAUGGUCAUGUGAUCAGGUGUGUGCAUGGAUGGAGGAGUUUGGUCUGGGUCAGUAUGUGAAUAUGGCCAGACAGUGGGUCACUAGCGGUCAGACUCUACUCUCGGCCUCCUCACAGGACUUCGAGAAGGAGCUGGGAAUUAAACAUCCGCUCCACAGGAAGAAGCUCCAGCUGGCUCUUCACUCAUUCAGCACCAAAGUCACAGAGAAAUCCUCUGAACUGGACCACAUCUGGGUCACACGUUGGCUGGAUGAUAUUGGUUUACCGCAGUAUAAAGACCAGUUCAGUGAAGGACGUGUGGACGGUAGAAUGCUGCAGUACUUGACAGUGAACGAUCUUCUGUUCCUGAAAGUCACCAGUCAACUGCAUCAUCUCAGCAUCAAGUGUGCUAUCCACGUCCUACAUGUUAACAAGUUCAACCCCAACUGCCUCAAAAGAAGACCUGGAGAUGAGAAUAAGAUGUCGCCUUCUGAGGUUGUUCAGUGGUCCAAUCACCGUGUGAUGGAGUGGCUCAGAUCGGUUGACCUGGCAGAAUACGCUCCCAACCUGAGAGGCAGCGGAGUGCAUGGAGGACUCAUAAUCUUGGAACCUCGUUUUAACUCGGACACGCUGGCGAUGCUCCUGAACAUCCCGCCUCAGAAGACUCUGUUGAGGAGGCAUCUGGCCACUAACUUCAACACGCUGGUGGGCUCUCAGGCUCAGCAGGAGAAACAAGAGUACCUGGAAUCAUCAGGCUACACGCCGCUGACCACCACUGCUAAAGUCCGGCCACGCAAGACAGGUUUCUCCAGUUUUGGUCACCGUAAGAAGCGAUCUGACGACUCCACAGACUACAUCUGCCCUCUAGACACUUCACAAGCCCAGGCCUUGCUCAACGGGGCCAGCCGGCCCUACAGCGGCUUCAGGGGCCUGAGCCCCAUCUUCGACAGGGACCCAGAGAGACGGGUGCAGGUGGGAGCUCUACAGAUCUGACGCUCUACUAGCUGUCACCGCUGAGCUUGCAGACAAUAACCCUCCACCCAUAUCCCACAAAACCACAACAACCUCCCAACGACACCCUGGCUAUGUUCAGUGCCAUUAAAUAACAUCCCAGCAUCCCUCACUGAUGGACACAAGACCUCAGUAUGGACACUGCAGGAAGACUUGGAUCCAAGGGUUUAUCAUCUCACAAAGGCAGCAGGGUUUAGCAGAAUAGUGCCAAGUAUCCUGUGAUGGACAGUCAGACACAUUCAACUUUAUAGCAUUUUUUUGUGAAUUGUAAACAAAAAAUGUAUUAUGAGAUUUAUCUAACAAGUAUUCCAUUUUUGUAACCUAACAUCUGUGCUGUUUUAAAAGACAGUGUGUACAAUCUCGUGCAAUAUUUGCAUUUUUAGGGAUUAAUUUAAUGGUGUAUUUAUGGUGAAUUUUUAAAAUGGCAUACAGACUACUAUUAAAUGUUCAGCAACACGUAUUAAAUAAUCUGAUGAGGUUAUUUUCAUACAAUAAAAUGCACAGGAGUAUUUUUAUAGGUAGAUAUCUUGCCUCUUCAGAUAAUGUAGCGACAUAUAAUCCAAAAUAUUGUGACAUAAUCAAUAAACCUCCUCAAUCACA